AUGUCUGACAGCAUGGCAGUUACUGAAUUGUCAAGAACAGAUGGUCUCGAAAAAUAUGCACGGGCAUUUACUAAUGUUUAUGAGUUCUUUAACAAGACUUAUGCAAAUGAAAAACUUCUAGCGUUAAAAUGCCAGGAGCUUGAAUCAAAUCUGGAGUCAUGUACAGAAAAGUGUUCUGUAGCAGUGGCUCAGGUGGAAGAAAAUAGGGAUAUCAUAGCAAAGUUCAAGCAGGACUUAGAGUGGUCUCGGAAACUAACAGAUGCUGCUCAUGUACGGGAACAAAAUGCACAAGAAGCAAUAGAAAAUCUACGGCAACAAGUUUCUCGCCUGAAACAGGAAAUUGAAAAGAAAAAAGAAAUGGCAGGAGAACAGGCGGAUGAGUCUGGUCCUGCUGCGAAGAGUAAAGAAGGUCUUAUGAAAGAAAGAGAGAAGCUAUUGAACGAUUUGUCAGUCAUAAAGGAAAGAUUGGCAAACACACUGAAUUACCAAGCGGAGCUGGAAAAGGAAAUGUCUGCAGCUGACGCACGAAUUAGUGAGCUGACUCAAGAAGUGGAGGGCCAUGUGUCAGAAGCGAGCAAGCAACAGAGAAUCCGAGACCGCAUGGAACAAGAUCUGAAAGAUAUGAAAGCAGAAGUGGAAUCCAAGGAGAAGGAGAAUUCAGCCUUGUCUUUAAACCUGAAACAAACACAGAAUCGUGAGGAGAAACUUCAGAUAACCUUAUGUGAAGAGAAGAUUAAAGUAGAGAAUCUAACAAAGCAAGUCGAAUCUCUGAAUUCGCAGCUGCAAAAGACAACGCUCGAUUAUGAACACCAGCAAAUAUUAUCUGCUAAACUGACAGCUGAAAAUCUAGAGAAGACCACUGAAAUAAAGACGAAGGAGGACGAGCUUACAAAAGUUCGCAACGAGCUCUCGAAAGCUUCCAAACUGCAAGACAGCUACCUGAAAAAAGCCCAGCAUAUGGACCAACUACGAGGCUACGCAGAACAGAAGAAGGUAAAAGCCAUGGAGACUUUGGCACUGGUGCAGCGGGAUAUGGAGGCUGCCAGGAAGCAGGCAAUUCAGGACAAGCGCACAAUCGAGAACGUGACGCGCCAGAAGGAAAUACUCAAGAACAACCUGCUGAAGCAGUCCAAUACGGUGGCCGAGCAGAAUAAAAUUCUGCAGAUUGGGGAGCAGGCACGACGAGGUCUCGAGUUGAAGCUGGGACAGGCAAUGAACGAGGCUGCAAAGCAAGCCAACAACAUCGCGGACCUCGAGCACGAGAGAGACAGGCACAUUGCAGAAGGUAUUGAACUGACAAGGAAAAUGCAAGAGACCAUGGAGGAUGUGCAGUUCAAACAGAUGACUAUUAUUGAUCAAAAGAAGCAACUGGCUGAUGCUGAAAUUAAGUUCUCAAAGCAACAGGACACGAUAGAAGCCUUGCGGUCAGAUAGAAACAGCCUUAGUAAAACUCUGCAACAGUCUAAGGAUGAAAUCAGUGAACUCAAGCAGAAGCUGGAGGUAAUGACACGUGAGGUAGAACAGCUUAAGGAAUGUGUGUCAUCUGCAGAAGCUCAAUUGCGAAAGGAACAGUCAGCAUUGCUGAAAGUCCAGAAGGAACGGGAGGCGCUCAGGGCAGAGCUACAGCAGACACGGGAGACACUGUCAGCGAGUCGGCAGGAGGUGGCGGCUCUGAACCAGGAGGUGCGCCGCCUGCAGCAGACCAUCCACGAGGGUGAGAUGGAGCGCCGCCGCCUGCAGAAGGACAUGGACAAGAUCCUCAAUGAGCGUGACAUCCUGGGUACCCAGUUGGUACGAAGAAAUGAUGAGCGACUGAUUCUGCACGAGAAGAUCAAACUGCUGGAGGGGACUGUGACCAAGGGUGAUGCCGAGUAUGAGCAGCGCAUGGAAGACAUCAAACUGCUCAAGCUGGAGGUCCAGACUCUCAGGCAGGAGAAGACGCAGAUGACAACCAAAGUGAACAACAUGAGUGACCUGAGACAGGAGAUCCUUCACCUGGAGCGGAACCUGACCCACGAGAAGCUCAAGUGCCGGGCCCUGGAAGAGGAGCUGCAGAACCCGCUCAAUGUUCAUCGCUGGAGGCGACUCGAGGGAGCAGACCCAGAGAAGCAUGACCUCGUGCAGAAAGUGCGACACCUACAGAGGAGGGUGCUGAACAUGUCUAAGAUGGCAACAGACCGUGAGACGCAGAUGAAGGAAAUGGAGCGACGCUAUAAGGAACUUGUCGAAAAGACAGAGAAGCAGUGCAAGCCGGCACAAGAACUGGCAGACAGACUAACUGAAGUGAAGCACACUCUGGAGAAGAAGACUCAAACUGUUAAGUGCCUAGAAGCAGAAGUAAUCAUGUACAAAGCAGAGGCAAAAGAGUACAAGCACAAACUUGAGCUGACAAAGGAAGAAGUCAAUGAAUUCAAAAAACUGUAUUAUGAAUUGAAACAGAAGGAGAUGAAGAGGAAAGAACAGAUGGCUUAUGAAAAGAAGACAGGUUUCCACAUGGAGGUGGGGGUCACACAGACACAAGUGGUUUCUGAGGUCACAGAGACAAUUACUGUACUACCACAUGCUAUUAACAACCAGGCCCGUGGCAAGCCACGCAUCAUUGGUGGUGGUUUCAGCAUGGAUGCUCACUCCAGAAGGCAAACGUGCUAG